AUGUCUGCCUCUAACGAUAACACCUCCACCCUUAAGUCCUACGUUGACUCUGCCACCGGCGCUGCCCAAAACUUCGUUGGCUCCCUCACCGGCAGCACUGCCGACCAGAACAAGGGCGAGGCCAAGCAGGACAAGGGGCAGGUCGAGCACGAUGCGUCCCACGCUACCGCCAAGCUUCCUGGAUUCACUGCUACCGCCCAAGGUGUGAGCAAGGACGACCCUGAUCGUGCCAGCGGUUCCUGGAACCAGACCGUCGGCUCUGCUAAGGAGACUGUUGGUGGUCUCGUUGGCUCCGAGAAUCUCAAGCAGCAAGGUCGCGAGCAGAAUCUUGAGGGUCAGUCGCAGGAGGCCAAGGGCCAGCUCAACGAUUACACUUCUGGCAUUGGCAACCGUGUUCAGGGAACCAUCGGUAGCGCCGUCGCUGGCCUCACUGGUGACAAGGCUGGCCAGGAGCACUACCAGGGUCUGCACGACACGGGCAAGACGCAGCAGCGUGGUGCUGAGCACGACAUUCAGAAGCAGGCUGAGGCCAAGCAGUAG